UGAAGUGAACACGGUCAUCCGGAAGCUGCCCUUACACCAGAGAUGUCCCGGAUGUUCCUUCAUUUUAGCCGUGGGGCCAAGAUGGCGGCCUGUUUUAGGCUUUAGUUUGAGGAGUAAAACAAAACGCCGAGGAAUUUAGUGAAGGACGUUUAAACACCACAAGAAACAGACUGAACAGACGAGAAACGUUUAAAAACCCGAGGAGCAGGAAGCGGACAUGAGGAACAAGGUCGAAGAAGAAGGACAUCAUCAAAUGUUUUAUUUCACAUUAAACACGACAAGCGAAUUUGAAGGAAAAAAAAAAAACUACAUAAAAACAAGGGUUUUUAAAAAUAAUAAUAAUAAUAAUAAAUAAAUCCAUACCGUGACAGCUGGAGUCAUUUAAAAUAAGGAAUACGCUUCACGCUCGGGACGAAUUAUUUUUUCUUUUUGUAUUUUUGGUAAUUUCGUUACAAUCAUUUUUUUUUUUUUUUAACAAUAACGAGUUUUAUAUAUUAUCUUCAUUGUUUUUUGGGUGGCGGGGUGGAUUAUUACAGUACUUGAACCAGAACAAACAGGAGAAAUGAAGACAUGUACAGAGAACCGGUAGUUAAAGAGAACUGAGAAGGGAUUAUUUAAAAAACAAAAAAAACCUAAAGACUUGAAAAAAAACUGACCAUUCCCUUUGUUUGAAGAAGUAAAUGAAAACUGAUACAAAAAAUAGACGAAAAGGACAAUAACAAACAUCAAAUAUAAAACAAAUGACAAUGUCCUAAGAAAAGAAAGAAGGAAAAAUAAAUACCUCGUUUUAAAAAUCAAACCAACCAGUCGGCAAACAUUCCGGUAAUCCGGCUACACGCAAAGUGAUGACAUCACAGAACCACCACAGCAUCAACAACACAUCCCACACACACAAUAGCACUCACAACAACUCUGCCACGCACAACUCGGCUUGGCUGAUCCCCAGGUCCUCCAGCAGCCCCGUCCCCCUCUCUGCUGGUCCCUCCCCCUCUCCAGGCCCCUCCCCCUCGAUGGGUGGGGUGACGUGUGGGCGUGGCCUGUGUGCGUGGCCGGACGAGGCGGUGGACGGCUCGUACGGUCUGUACUCUCUGCACCGCAUGUUUGAGAUCGUGGGCGCCCAGCUGACUCACCGGGACGUGCGGGUGCUCUCCUUCCUGUUCGUGGACGUGAUUGACGAGUAUGAGCGCGGCGGGAUCCGCGAUGGGAGGGACUUCCUGCUGGCGCUGGAGCGGCAGGGCCGCUGCGACGAGACCAACUUCAGACAUGUGCUGCAGCUGCUGAGGAUCAUCACCAGACACGACCUUCUGCCCUACGUGACCCUGCGCAGGAGGCAGGCUGUGUGUCCGGACCCUGUUGAUAAGUACCUGGAGGACACGUCGGUGCGUUACGUUUCUCCCCGAGAAGUUGCUGAAAGCAGAGGGGUCUCGCAGCACAGACGCACAGGCCCCCCGCCCCUGCUGUGCUGCCCCCCUGUCAGACCCACGGUGUGUUCAGGACGAGGCAAGCCCACCCCUAGCGCCCCCAACAGGAAGAGGAAGAGAGCGCACAGUACAGCCGACUGCAGAGAGAAGCAGACCUGUGAUAUCCGGCUGCGGGUGCGUGCCGAGUACUGCCAGCACGAGUCUGCCCUGACAGGGAACGUCUUUUCCAACAAGCCAGAGGCUCUGGAGCGGCAGUUCGAGCGCUUCAACCAGGCCAACACCAUUCUGAAGUCGCGGGACCUCGGCUCCAUCAUCUGCGACAUCAAGUUCUCGGAGCUCACCUACCUGGACGCCUUCUGGAGGGACUACAUCAACGGCUCGCUGCUUGAGGCGCUCAAGGGCGUCUUCAUCACAGACUCCCUGAAGCAGGCCGUCGGACACGAGGCCAUCAAGCUGCUCGUCAACGUGGACGAGGAGGACUACCAGGCAGGCAGGAGGAGGCUGCUGAGGAACCUGCUCAUAGGGAGGGACGCCUCGUAACUGUGUGUGUGUGUGUGUGUGUGAGAAAGGCUGUGUGUGAGAGAGAGAGAGAGCGGCUGUGUGUGUGUGUGUAUUGAGAGAAUUUUUGGUAUUCAUUCGUAUCCCCAAAUACUCCCUCCCUCCCUGUCUGUCUUUGUCUGUCUGAGAAGAGGAACUGUUCCACAGCAGCAUCUGGAGUGAAGCGAAGAUUGCUUUAAUAACCUCCUUGUGUGUCGAGCUUGUGUGUGUGAGUAAAAGAGAGUGUCUGUGCCAGUGAGUGAGAGACCCGUGUCCUUUGUGUAAUGAUGUCAUUGGAGUGCACAAUCUACCUGUCUGAGACAGAAGGACUCUGAAUGAGAGAGAGAUGGAGAUAGAGAUAGGCUGGCAGGCUAUCGCUUCUUGUCUCUACAGAAAUACACUUCUCUCAUCAAUGUACUGUAUAUACUCUCCUUUAAAUAAAAUAUACAACAUA